GUCGGCUAACGAGCUUUUCAGCUGCGCAUUGCCAUUUAUUUGUGUGCGGAUGCGAGGCGUUAUCUUGAUUGGUGCGUUCUUUUCCGUUGACAGUUGACCGAGUUGACGUUGACACGUUAAUGAGCGUGAUUGACAAUGACACCGAAAAUGAAAAGCGACGGGGAUGUUUCGAACGACGCGACUGCCUUGAACUGUGAAAAUUCGAGCGAUAGUGAAGACCUAGACCCCCUACGAUGUUGGGAUUGCAACGUCAACUUCACAAGUAAACACUAUCUGUACGACCACCUCUUCCACCACAUCAAGCAACCCCAAGUGAGCUUAACGCGCGUCCAACUGCCGCCCCUCAAGAUCACCCUCAAGAACAAAGCAGGCAACAGUUUCGAAAUCAUCAACUCGCCAACCGGCGACCGAUCUCCCAUUCAACUGUCGGAAUCAGCAGACAAUCUGGCGGAAAACGAGGAGGGCGGACAGGAGGAGAGCCACGAAGAAGAGGUGGAGCAACCUGAAGAGCCAGAUGAAGAUGCCAAUGUGAACUUCUCGCCGAACUUUGCCGAAGUGAACGUCCCGGAGAGCUCUCCAGCGGAUAGCGACUCUUCCAUUUCGGGUGCCAAAAUCGAUGAAGUGGGAGGGGAUGGGUCGGAGUGCGGCAGCAUCCCGGGGGCGGAGCCCACGCCGCCGCCGGAGCCCUCGCCGGACUACCCCAAGAUCCGGAUCAAGACGACCGGACUGCUGAAGGAGCCGCUGACGAUCACGGAGAUCACGGACGAUAAUCCGGACGGGGACGCGGACAUGGGGGGCGAGGGGAAGAAGGAGGCGUGGAACACGUCGAUGGAGGAUCCGCUGAAGCUGCCAGGGAACGACGACAUUCUGGCCAUUUUUAACAACAAUGAGCGGGCCAAGGAUUUUGGGUUCACCACGAGCGAUAGCGAGUUUAUUCCGUUGGAUCGACUAGGCGACAGGAACAGCAACGCUUUGCAACUUUACAACCACUCCCAAAACCAAAUGAACCAAAACGCCCUCAGCAGCCUCGCGGGGCUGCCCAUGGAAGCCCUCGCCCAGCAAGUGUCCCGUUUGCAACCAUCCGGUAACGGCAUGCACCAACAGAACGUCCUUAUCAACAUCCAGCAGUUUCCGCAAGCGCCGCAUCCGCCGCCCCCGUACCACCCCCCGAACAUGUACCACCACCCUCCCCAGCCCAUGUACCACCAGUCGUACCCCUCGUACCCGCCUCCUAACCCCAUGUACUACCCGCCCGCUACUGGGUAUCCCCAACACAUGCCGCCCCCUCCGCCUCAGCCGCAAAUGCCUCAGCUCGGACAACCCCCGAUGGGUCAGCCGCCCAUGGGUCAGCCCCAAAUGGGCCAGCCUCCGUCGUCGCAGGCGCAGCCUCAGAAUCAGCCUUAUCGUCCUCUGGCGCCGCGCCAGCAACCCCCACCGAGGCAAAUGCAGCCUCAGCGCAUGCCCGUCGCGCCCAGGCAGCCCAUGAACAACCAGCGGCAGCCCAUGCCCAGACAAAGGGCGCCCAUGGUUCGACCCAGAGGUGGAGGCAUGACGGCCGUGCGCAGCGUGAGGCCGCGAAUGCCGGUGAACCAAAACGGGCAACUUAGGCAACCUUUGGUGAAAAGGACGCCCGAGCAGAUUCAAGCGCUGCAAGCAAAGAAGAAGAGGCUGGACGUGCUGACGCCCGACAAAGACGACGAGGAUUGUCAGGUGAUCUGCAUGCAGCCGAAGAAUACCGACGGAGGCUUGCCGCAGAUCUCCAGUGUACAGGGUGGUACCGCUGAACCGUCAGAAAGCAGUGUCAUGCAUCUGUCAGACUCUAUUACUUUGUCUGUACGGAAUCCACAGCCCCGGCCCCAGAGCCCCAAAAAGUCCGACGCUAAGGCGGUCGCCAACAUUUUAGCGACGAGGGGGAUCACGGUGACGGCGACGCCGAAGCCGAAGGAUAAAUGCGACGGCCAGAAGAAUCCCGCCAUUCCUCCGCAGCUCAACCUGAACGCGGCUGUCAGUAUUAUCCCGUCGGCCAAAAACUCCAAUAAGGCUGCCAACUCCGGCCAAGAACCUCAUCUUCCCACCGUCGAUUUAACCGACGACACUUCCCCAGUCUCCCAGCCCAUGAAAACGGCAAACUCCCAGCAGAAGCCCCCCCAGAGGCAAGGUCUGCCCUUCAAGUGCGACCUCUGUCCAGCGCAGUACCCCAACGCGAUGGGUCUGAGCAAGCACCGGCAAAACUACCACAAAACGAACAGCGGCAUGUGUGAAAUCGGCGUGCCUUUGAUCAAUCUCAAGCAACCAGGGAUCUUCCAGAAACUCAGUUCCAUGGGCAUUUUUAACUAUAUUCCUUUACCGACGUCGGGACCAGACGGCAUGUUCGCUCUGCCCAUUAUAAAUGGGCGGAAUCCGGGCAAUGUGGCGGCGCUGGGCGCCACCACGAUGCUGACGUUAGGGCCUGUGCGGAACAUACCGAGGCCUCAAAACGCGGUCAAUGGUACCCAAGGUGCCAAUAAACCACAAAUGAGUAAUAAUAAUAAUAAUAAUACUAUUAAUCAGAGUAAAUAGUGUGUUCUGUGAACACGUGUACAUACGAAGAGUCUAUAUUGUAACAAUAUGGUUUUUAGUUCUUGUUGUAUAUUACAAUUUCGCUUUUUUUCUACAGUUGCGUGUUAGUUUAGAGACAAAAUAUUUUUGCGUUUUGUGAUUUUUUCGAAUCUGUCUCGUUUAUUUCUAAGUGGAAAAUGUUUGGAAGAACCCAGUGUCUGCUUUUAAGAUUCUCUAUUUUGUAAUGAUUUCUAUAGACUGAUUAGUUGAUUUAGUGGCUUGUGCAAUUGAUAUGUAUUAGCUCUUUUGUUAAAUUUUCGGCGUCUUCUGAGGUUUGGUUGUGUUGAAACUUGAAAUGUUUAUUUCGUUUAGUUAGUUGUGCUUAUUUAGCAAAAGAGCUACCUAUAUGUAUUUUUUGUAUAAAUUAAUUACAUUUUGUGAUAAAGUAAAUACCAUU